AGACCAAACAUACCAAUUCAGCAAUUGAGGAGCUUUCAUUGGAGCUUGUGUGAAGCUUUAGGAAUUAUGAAUCGUUGUUAUGGAGGACAGAUACUUACAAUAAUGUUUUCGGUAUUUGUGAAAACCACGUCAUUAUUAUAUGGCAUGGAAUCAGACUUGACUGGAGAGACAAAAUCUUACAGAUCUGGAUACGUUGAAUGGAUUUACUUCAGUGACAACCUAAUCAGAUUGAUCCAAGAUAUUUUCAAGGUUUACUUCUUAGUUUCGGCAAGUGCAUCUGUGAGCAAUGAGGCUGGAAAGACGGCUUUGAUUGUAUCUAGAUUACUCAGUCGAAAAUUGAACUCUCAAUCGAAAAAACAACUAGAAGUGUUUUCUGUUCAACUUCUCCAUACUGAGGUCAACAUCACAGCUUGUGGGAUAUUUACUUUGAACUACUCUGUCCUAACAGGAAUAAAUUCAUCGACACAAAACUUCAUUGAGAAUUUCAAGUCAGGAGCGCAUUUGAAAGAAAGGUUGGAAUAGCUCAACUGAUGUCAGCUACUGAGGAUACAUCAAUAUGAUGAUUGGAGCUAUAACAACAUAUCUUAUUAUUCUAAUUCAGUUCAAAAAUUCAGAUAAAGUUAAUAAAGUAGUUGGAGAGCAAUAAGGACAAUUAGUACUGAAAUGAUAAAUUAUCAAAUGAUUAUACUGUACAUGGAUUCUCAAGUGAUAAUAAACUGUUUUCUCCAAAGAUGGUUUUAUCACGCAAAUAACUCUUCUUACAAUAUGGAUUUUCUCAUUAAUCAAAUUUGAAUGAUUUUAGAGCUGUUUUUAACUGAUAAAAAGUGGCAAGCUCCUUUCAAGUGUAAGAGACUUUGUGCCAUCAUGAAAACUCUGCAUAAAAUUGAUAAAGUAUUACAACAAGAGCCUCAUACAAGUAGUUGCGAGCUGACUUCAAUAAUAUUGAUCUGCUUUAUCUACAUUUCACUACUCGACAUUUUUCAUCAUUUACCA